AUGAAGCUCCUGGCUUUCGCCUCUACUGUCACUGCCGCUGCCACUGGCUUCCGAGCCAGUACUGGCACGCUCAUCUUCAACGGCACAACUUACGAGACGCAUGAUCUCCAGAAUGGUCUUGAUGCAGCUCGUGCGUUUGGUGGUGAGGGAAUCUACUGGGCUGUGUCUAACAAGCGUGUCGACAAACGCCAGACUGUCAACUGCCAGGGCUUUGAAUCGAGCAGGCUCGUCGGCGACGGCAAUCCGCACCAGAACUUUCAAAUCACGCAGAAGACAGAGCCCUUUGGAUGCCCUGGAACCUCUGGUAGCCAGGGUUAUAGCGAUACUGUCGGCUGGAGCGUAAACGGCGGCGCUAACAUCCCCUUUAUCUCCGGCGGCUUCGCUGUCAGCGAGUCCCAUUCCCAAACCACCACCUUCGGAUCGAGUUGUAAGGGGGGAAAUGGCUUUGUGCUUGUCAAUGGUUGCCUGCAGAGCGCCAUGGCUCUUACCGCCUACACCGUUAACCAUUGUAUUCACUACUCCGGCAAGGGAUGCGAGGACCUUGAAGACUCAUGCGCUGUCAAGAUUAUCUACGCUCCCAAUUCUGAUGGUAAAGGCUCUCACUUCUUCACCAGCUAUACCGUCGAUCACUAUAACCUCAUUGGCUGCCAGCAGAAUGGCCAUGUCGACCUGUACUAUUCUGGCCCGCGUGGCAGCUCAAGCUGGUGGGAUGGAAAACCAUAUAUACUAGUGAGCGACGUAUACAUGCAAGCUGCUGAGCCUUACGGUGUACAUGUACCUAUGUCAGUUGGUGCUGCCUGGGCUGCGGCAGAGCAUCCUUGAGUCGGGAUAUAGUGCGGAUUAGGAUAAGAGUGCAGGCAGGAUUAUAGAUAUUGAUAGCAACAAGUUUGAAA